CACGGCUUAGACACAGAGAUAAUUUGUUUGAUUAGAAAAGAGAAAUCUCGGAUUUUCUUUGCGAAUGUUUAUUUCCUUAAUAUGAGUGAAUGUGCUAGCAUUUCGUUUGUAUCCUCGGCCAGUGGAAGAACUGUGUGAACUCUAUUGCCGUAGGCGGUGCUUAACUUCAGUUGCCUGUCGGAAUAUUUUGGACAUUACCUUAAGGAAAGAAUAUAAUAGAGGGAGUUAGGAUGUUAAAUAUCUGUCAAAUACGGCGUAACCUGCAUGAAACUGGUGAACACUAAGAUUGCAGACGAAAACAGGUCACAUGAUAUACAAGUCACGCUUUAUAACUAAGAUGCCUUUAGCUAAGGACUAAGAACGUGCGUGUUGUUCCGAAGCUUCAACUUGUCUGUUCAAGAUUGCGGUUAAUCACUGUAAGUGGGUGAUGCAGACGGAAACAUUUGUUUACAAGCAAGGCGUUUUUGUAGCACAUUGAACACCUAUCGGAAAAUUUACUGUUCUAUUGAAACCGACGAGGAAUUCGCACUUUGCCUAGAGCACCGAACAACUGCACUUGAUAUAUUCUGAGAUUCGCUUAUUGAAGACGUUAUUAUUCCUUGGAGACCUCGAGGAAAUCGCAGUUUUCUUAAAGCAGCAAGAAACUGCACUAGAUCGAUCAAUACAUGCGCUCAUCCUAGUGGUAAUUGUUCCAUUGGGGUCUGAGGCAAAUUGCAGAUGUCCAAAAGUCCAAAAGCAGUUAGAAACUCAACAUAAUUGAUCCAAAUAGACAAAUCUCACGGAGUGAGAGGACAGGUCUCAUUGCGUUCAUUUAAACACUUCAAACUGCCACGCCAUUGUGCAGAACAGGAACGGAUUUUUUGAUCGUGAAUAAAGUGCCGUCACAGGAGAAUUGGAUUAAAAUAGAAAAGUAAAUAUUGUGGAUCGAAAAUCAAUAUGAACGAAUGCAAUAAUUUUGGGGCAGAAUUUUAUUAAGAAAAUGCCACCUCUUUGAGAAAAAGCACGGAAUCGUGAGAAUCCAUUCUGCGUGCGGGACACCGUGUGAAAAAUUGAAUAUACUUAGGUAUAGACUCCAAUUUGAUAGCAUACCGAAUAAUUGCUGUGAUUUAAGGGCAUGUGAAAGAAGGUCAUGUGUGACACAGUGACCACUUUGACAUGAGAUGGACCUUGGCUAUACUCGCUGUAUUUACAUAUCGGCCUAGCCGGCGGUUAAACUAAAUACCGUAUAGUGUAUUGUAAAGAUAACAAAUCACUAUAAAGAAAACAGAUUUUCAUUGAUUAAUUGCAUGAAAUUGAAGGCGAUUUCGUGAGUGCAAAAACUGAAGUAGUGGAAAUGGAUCCAUUUCUUUGGAUAAAUGUAUAUGUUGAACUGAAAGCCUUGUAUUAAUGAAUGAAUUAGUAAAUUACAGUGCGAUAUCUAAACCGGCAUCUGUUCUCUGUGGGAUAACUAGUUUGAAUGAAUAAGUUCAAUUUUGCAUAAUUAAAUGGCACUGGAGGUUAAGUGAGGUGACAAAACAUUUAAACGGAAAGUUGACAAGUGUCAUAGCACACGGAUAUUUGAUACGGACUAAGGGCAGGCAUUAUAAACAUAGGUGAAGCAUCAAAUUUUAUUUGCAGUGAGAUACAUUACAAUUAGUAAACGUUUCCAUCGGAUUAUCGCGGACUUUCUCAACUAUCUGUAAAUACGUGCUAAGUGAAGAAGGGAGAGUGGCUACUUGGAUAAUUCUCGGAGGAACUAUACACCCUCCCAGCUUGCAUGUCGCAAUGUCGUUUUCCGUUCAAAACACCGACCGAAGCUAAUGAAUAUCUCACCUCGUUCAUUGCAAAGAGAACCCAUUUUGCGUGUCUUGAGGCGAUGGUAAAAGAAAUCCAGCAGCACAUGUUAUCUUGUACCAGUGGAAUUAUAAUAAUUCAGACCAGCGGAAAAAGGCCGAAAUUUUGAAGCCGGGAAGUUAGAUCAACCGUGACGGAAAAAAAGAACAACUAAUAUAAUACUGCAGGCGAACUGAUAAAAUGUUCCCCUUGUGAAUUAAACUAAUUGGAUUUUGUUUCUCGGCGAAUUUAACUAGCUCAGCGGAGUUCUAGAAAAGACAUAAUAUAGUAGUUUCCGAGGAAGUUUGUAAUUGGAUGCUGAUCACUUAGGCUGAGUGUGAAUCUACAUUAACUUUCAAUUCUAAAUCACGUUACCCGUGAUUAAUUCAUUUGAGAGUUUAGCUGCACAAAACGGCUCAUUUGUCAUACAAGUUUUUGAAUAAUUAUGACAUUUAUUAAAAAGCUAUUGACAAGUUUAACACCCGCGGUGUUCACAUCUUUAAAAAGACAUUGAAUUUCUCGAAGCAAGUACUGACAUAGAUUUUUCUACCAUUUAUCAAAUAUUUGUUAAGUAUUAUAAUGAGCAAAAAUAUUCUUAAAAGUGAUCUGAAAUCAUUAAACAAAUCGUAUUGACAAUUCUUCUCGUGAAAAUCAUUAAAAUCAAAAGAGCCGAAGAGCGAUCAUUCGACAGUUGAAUAGCAGCAUAACUGGACUGCAAGAAAGUAAAUAAAAUAUGCCACGGGUUUCAACAGAAACUAAGAAUAAAGGAGAGGAAGGUAUUGAAAGGCAAUACAUAGGUAUUGAAGGUCUACGAUCAAUGUAUUGACAUUAGAUCAACCAGCAAAGGAAAAACAUAUUCUUCAUCCUUACAAAAGAUAUUUUAUGGGCAAUUUUCUUUAACAUGGUGGAUUCAUAUGGACUUAUUUAAUGUUAGACGCGGACGUUAUUCAAGGAUGGAUUUAUUCAUUAUCUGCCUGACUUGAUCGUUAGAAGGAAUAUGAAUUAAAAAUACAUAUAUUGGUACAUCCUAUGGAGAUAAACUAAAUGUGUUUUAUCAUUUAAGCUGACAGUUCGAUUGCUUGAAAGACGGAAUAUAAUAUCAUUUGUUCCCAAUAUGUAACUCUGUUCAAAGAGUUGGAAUCAAAAAGCCAAGUUCACGCUAUAACAUAUUCGGGCAUGUGGAAUGUAAUAGGAUUUUAGACAACCAUAAAAGUGAACUACGAAAAGCCUUACUAGAUGGGAGUGUGCUCCUAAUAUGGUUGUAUGGACUGAGAUACUUGUAUGAUUGAUCGCGAACGGCGGGAGAGGAAGAUGCUUACUAAUUACACGGUCGUAGGCGCAACUGGAAACGUCGCCGUUACGUCGGUGCUUGUUAGUGUCUCUACAAUGAUUUCGACGACAACGUCACUUACGCCUUUCAAUGAAUCGGACGGUAAAAACGUCACCGAUGACAGUGGGACAUCGGAAACAAGUAACGCAUAUAAAGCAGUAAUUGGAACAUUCUUGUGUUUGACUAUUUUCCUGUCCUUAGCAGGAAAUACACUUGUAUGCAUAGCUGUGUUUACGGACCGCCGUUUGAAACGUCUUAAUAACAUGUUUAUAGUGUCUCUAGCUGUUGCAGAUUUAUGGGUAUCGCUUAUGGUGAUGACGUUUGCUACUGUCAAUGACAUCACGGGGAAAUGGAUGCUCGGUCCUAUUUAUUGCAAAAUUUGGAUCUCCUCGGAUAUAAUGGGUUCCACCGCUUCCAUUUUGAACCUUUGUGUGAUUUCCUUGGACAGAUACAUCCAUAUCCGAGAUCCGUUGAAAUAUACUCGUUUAAUGAACUGGAAAAAAGUGGUGAUCGCCAUAACCUUAGUGUGGACAAUCUCAAUCAUUCUCUCAUUUAUUCCUAUACACAUGGACUGGCAUAGGACCGCCAACAUGAAAGACUCCAUUAUGCCGCCUGAGCAGUGUUACUUGGAAAUCAGUGGAACUUACGCUGUGGUGUCUUCUACCAUUAGUUUUUAUAUCCCUUGUAUCGUGAUGUUAGCCCUUUAUUGCAAACUAUACAUGUACGCACGUGAGCAGGUGAGGUGUAUAAAUAGCACGCUCGUGCACAAUCAGAUUGGUGACAGUCGUAAUUCCGGUCAAGCGUCACGCCUGAGUGAUCACAAGGCGGCAGUGACUCUUGGGGUAAUUAUGGGUGUAUUCCUGUUUUGUUGGUUGCCAUUUUUCAUUUUAAACCUCUAUGAGGCCUAUGCCAAAAAUACACCAAUUAUAGUUUUCCAAAUAUUAACCUGGUUGGGCUACUUCAAUUCGUGUCUAAAUCCAAUCAUAUACAGUAUUUUCAAUUCUGAAUUCCGCAAUGCCUUUAAACGGAUUUUAUUCCCGAGAACGUGUCCGUGUUUGGACCGUGACUCACGGGAUUACCGGUGGCGGGGCAGCCCCAAGAAGACGAAGAACGGGACAUCGACCCACACUGACUAUCUGUCCACCAGACAGGAGAACGGCUCAAAGGCCUCUCAAGACUCCAAACACUUGUUAGUGGAUACGGAAAAAAUCACCGCGCUAUAGGAUUACCAAAUGCUUAGUAAACCUGGUAAAUAAAUACAUUUAUAAUCAACCACUGGCCAUUCAACUCUAGAUAAAGCUUUAUUGUAAAGAAUGUUUUAUUUUCUACCAUCAUCAUUCGUCAUGUCUUUCCUAAGCAAUUACAUGUGUACACAACCUCUAUGUUGACCUUUGUGUUUGUGUGAUUAUGUAUAUCCCCAAAAUGCAAUAUUUUCGGUAAAUAGCAGCUCGAUUAUAUACUUAAAAUUAUAACUCAUUUUAUUUUGGAAUAAGCGUUAUCAACUGUUCUUUUUCAUAAUGUCUUAUUUUCGUUAACUGGUAAACCAAUUUAUAAAACACUGGACAAUGGUAUACUUAUAUUAAUAUUUCAAGAUUGAAUGUCUUCUACGCAAAGUUUUCAAUAAUGAUUUAUGUGGUUAUACGUUUUUGUGGUUUAAAGGCAAUUAAUAGGGUAUAACGUUCUUUAAAUCUUGCUUUGUAUUUUAACAAAGUAAAUAUUAUACUUCCAAUAGACUAUUCCGUUUGUAUAAAGUUUAGUUUUUUAUCGAUAAAUUUCCUUUUAUUCUGUUCCACAAGUUUUAGUUUUAUAAAUGAUAUUACCUACUUUCAUUCAUAUAUAGUCAAAUCUUAAGAAAUUGUGCUGAAAAUACAUGUAUUAGUGUUUGCGUAUUUAAAAUCUCGACGAACAUCUCAUUUGUUUUGUGAAAAAGAAUUGCUGAUUUUGCAAAUGCUAUAAUUUAUUGGACUUUUGAAAUGCUUGACCAUUGGUAUUGGUAUCAUAUAUUGACCUCUUAAGAAAUAGUCCUGUCAUUAUUAUGUUAAGUUAUCAACAAUUAUAAAUCGAAAUAUAAGUAUAGAUUAUGAGUGGUUGAUUGAUAUAUUUUGAGUCUUUGAUUGUUGCAAGGAUUUAAGUGCAUUAGAUUCUGUUGAUUUUAGAUGAUAUCCAAAGCAUAUGCAUAACAAAUAAAACAUGGCAUUUAGGGACAUACGCACAUUCACGGACUGAGGUUGCUUUAGUACACGGACCGAAGCAAGUUGAGUGCCAUACAGCAUUAUCAGUACGACUGCCCAGUCUGUAAACUAUAAAUGGCCCGCGCUGUUAUUUUUUAUUUGUUUUAUUGCGCUCGAUUGUUCAUGUCAACCAAGCCUAAUGCUCAUUUUACACUGAUAGUAAUUUUACAACAUUUAAACUUGAUACCAUUACAUUAUUCCUUAUUUUAAUGAAACAAAUGUUACUCCUAGCAAUUAAAUUUUGAAAUGUUAUGGUAUUAUACUCCGGCAUCUACUAUGGACAUUUUGUUUGCAAGUCAUUCGCUUGAAUUUACCUUAUUGGAAGUUAAUCCCCACAGUUUAUGAUGUAAAACAGGAUCCCAUCGUUAACAAAUGCAAUGCCCGAGAAAACUGAUCGCCUUUGUGCAGUUGGAAUGUUGUGGAACUAUUGUUGUACAGCUCACACAAACUUGUCAUCUAAACACUGGUUGGCUUUUUCUUUAUGCCUUUUUAAUCGCAUCUCCAUCUUUUACCAUUUUUAUCGCCUUAACGAAUUGUUGAAUGGUUGCUAUUUUAAUUAAAUUUUACGAUAGUUAUUCCCUUCAAAUAGAAAAUACCCAUUAGUUUUACAUUCCUGCCAAACUGUUUCACGUUGCAUUGAUUUCUCAGUCGCAAACCCUGUUUGUAAACUUUGUUUUGACUAUCAGUUUUGGUGUUAGAUUGUCAAGGGAAGUAACUUAUCAUUAAUUCUAUGAUGAAUAGGAAUUACACUGAACAGUACUGUUUUCAUGUCUAUGUGCCGCUAAAUGUUAAUGUCAACUUAUUUCAAAUUCAAAAAACAUAACCGAUUGCUUAGUGUAUAUUAUCUACCAUUUUAUAACAUAUACACCACGCAACGUGACAUUCGUUUUUAACGUUGACGCGGUAUCACCCCCCCCCCCCCCGGUCCAAAGAAUACAGGCUAACUCUCUGAUUAUUGGUCCCAUACCGCGGACAAUUCUCAAAAAUAGAUACCGGUCACAUUUUAUAUGAAAGGAAAUAUGUAUAAUGGAUUUAAUAGUUUCUUAGAAACUGUUGUAACCAACAGAUACAAGGCCAGUAGUCAAGUAUAUAACGGUGAGCUUGUGGUUCCAGGCAUAACAGACACUUUACAGUAGCCACACAGCGUCACACAAUGGCUACCUGGGGGUCGUUUCAAAACCGAUCUUAGUCAUGUUUUGUCGUUAAUAGAAAAUAUAUUUAUUCUCAUUGCUCCAUUGUUUUGCUAUAUUAUUGAGUGAAUUGAACUUUAGCCAGAAUUAAUAAUGAACAUAAAGUUGAGGAAAUAAAAAUAAAAAUAUGUUGCCAUUUGUGAGGUUUAUAUAGAUGUAACGUAACUGAAGUAACGGCUAAAAUCAUUUUGAAACUCGCCCCAGGUGACUACGACAUGCCACUUGGCGAUUGAAUGCAUAGUAACUAGUAAAACCUAGUAUUUUGUAAAUUGGUCAUUUUUUGCCAUUCUGAAAUAAUACAUCAACAAUUUACAGAGUUGAUAGUACAGUAUAUUCAAUUGUUGCCAACUUCUUUUGUUAAUAUCAUAUGUUAUGUAGAAUGACACAUGUCAUUCUAAGCUUUUUAUGUACGUUUAAAUCCAUGAACAGCUAAUAUUUAAAUACUCAUAGAAUGCUCUAACCAGAAAAAAAAUAUUGUAAUGUCUUGGUUCUCGUCCAAUUCCAGGAUGAAUCGAUGUAAUUGAUUGAAGUUCUUGUAGUUGAACUGCUUUGUAUUCAAUUUUUAGCCUAUAUUAAUUAAAAAAUAGCUUCGCAAUGUUCGCAUUUUAUAACCAAACGCCAAUGUUCAUGUUCAUAAUUUGAAAUUGUUUUCACCUGUCAGAAUGCGAUUAACUCUGUUAUUUUGACACCUUUGUUUUUAGAGCUACAUCUUCUCUUCUGUAAUCAUAAAAUCUAAAUCAUGUCCCCCGCGUCUGUGAAUUAUUAUGUUAUUUCAGUUGUGGAAAUAUACUGAGGAAUUAUGAUAGAGGUUAUCAUGGGAUCUGUAAAAAGCUUCUCAGCUUUCUUCUGCAAAAACAUAUCGAUUCAAAUUACUCGUAUAUCAAUGGACAUAAAGAAAAUUAUAACAAACAUUCAUUGAAUUUUCGUCUGAAAAUAACUUAUAUAUGCCUAUUUUAGUAACACUUUGUUCGAAUUGAGAACAUUAAUUAAAGAAAAACGCAUCCGGUAUGAAUCUUUUGAAUAGAAUAACAGAUUAAACAUGUUUAUGAUAUGGUAAUGCCUUAUUUUGAUGCAAAUAUAAAUUAAAUUUGAAGAUUAUCGGCUGUCAUAACAAUAGAUAAACGAUUGUUUGUGAAUCUUCCAUCGUUUUCUAUAUCAUUAAAAUGUCUGUAUUACAAUUAAUUAUCCUGAAUGGAAUGGCAUAUUCAAGUGGUAUCUAUUUACAAACACUGUUUAGUGGUCAAAAUAUUUUUUGUCCCUUGAAAAAACAGUAUUUUUCAAAAUUGCCAACACUUAUUUCAGUAAACCAUCAUUCAGCCGUUAUUGAUUUUAAUUAAGUGGGUAACUUAGUGGGUAAUGAACACACCAGUAUGUAGACCAGAUCAAGGGAGUAAAAGGUUGUAAGUAUGUUCGUACUCAAAAUAAAUUGUAAUAUGACAGCGUCAAACAGACCAUUCAUUUUUAAAGUGCAUACUAACAGCCUUUUACCAUUACUGCAAGCAACAAGAAAGGACACACACACUUUAAUGUGCUGAUUUAAGACGCAAUUACAAGCUUGUUUCUGCAUUUUAAAAAAAGUAACAAGCCCUUAAGAGCAUAUCACACAGAAGCUAUAUUUGUACUUCCAUAGAAUUUUGUCGUGUUUUUUAGGAAAGUUGUUGAAAGCAAUAGUAAAUGUUAACAAGCAACGCAUGAUAUACUGUACUGUAAGGUGAAGUGUUUACUACUUGUGGCCCGUGUUUACAGAUUAUUACCGUCGUAGAAUAUACGAAGAUACAAUGAUAAAGAAUUAUAUCAGAAUACCGUAUAUAUUAUAAUCUAUUGGAAUAGUUUACAGUAUUAAUGUGCAUUAAUAUUUCCUAAACGUUCCUUGUAAAUACACAUUUUUGUUCGAUUUUACAUAAGUAAUAGACCGUCAAAUCUAUUUUGAUCAUAUGGCGUAACUUUUCAAGUUGGAAGUUUGGUUUUCGAGUGUUUGUUUAAUUUUAUAGAAAUCCAAACAUGGCUUGUGUUUGAUAUUCUCUUAAGCGUUUGUUAGCUUUUCAUAAAUGUGAAAACAAGUAUGUAAUGAUGAUUUAAAUCAGGAAUAAAUAAUUUACAAUAAAAAUAACAUCUGUUCUAUUUUGUUGAAGGAAAAAUGGUGUGUAUUGUAUAAAUUUUAAACAGCCUUUUUGCAUCUAAUUGAAAAUUUUAGAACCUAUGAGAAGAUCAUUAUUUAAAUCAAUGUCAGUUUUCAAAAUAUCCAUUAGUUUCGUAGUUCCGUGUUGUUUUAUAAGUGCUUCUAUUUCUUUAUAAAUGCCACACUUUUGAAUACGUGUCAUAAUGAUUAAACGAACUGCAUAAAGCCCUUCACAGCAGCUAAAGAUAUAUAUACAGACAAAACUCGUUAUGUCGAAGUCGUCGUGACCACAUUAAAUACUUUGAGAUAACGAAUAUUCGAUAAAAACAAAAACACAAUGUGUAAAACAAAACCGGAAAAAACGCAAAAAGUUCGAUAUAACCAGAACAUCGAGAUAAAAGAGUUCGACAUAGCGAGUGUCGACUGUUAUACUAAGAUACCUGUUACAUGUAGAGACUAUGUUGCUUAACUUCUUCUUUGUCAAAGUGAAGUAUAAAAACGUACUUAUUAAGAGAAAAAUAAGAAAUGACGUCCGUUGCUAAUGAAUACAUACAACCUUAUUCUAACUUUUAUAGGCUGUCAUCUUUCUUCGAAAUUGUCACAACGUUUAAACUCAUGUUAUACAGAUGGGUCCGUGUUUGUCCUUGCAGUUCAUCACGGUAAACGUUUUGACAUGUACGUGUAUCUGAGAACACAUGUUUCUCUCUACCAAAAACUAUUUCUAAUUACAUUACAUAAUCAUGUCUAUAAUGAUCUUACAAGCACUUUUUCAUCAAGCUCUUUAUGGCCCCUUAAACCAGUAUAUUUCUGAUUUUGAGACCAGGAUAUUUCUGAUUUUGAGAACAGGAUAAUUCUGAUUUUGAGACCAGGAUAUUUCUGAUUUUGAGAACAGGAUAAUUCUGAUUUUGAGACCAGGAUAAUUCUGAUUUUGAGACCAGGAUAUUUCUGAUUUUGAGACCAGGAUAUUUCUGAUUUUGAGACCAGUACAUUUCUGAUUUUGAGAACAGGAUAAUUCUGAUUUUGAGACCAGGAUAUUUCUAUUUUUGAGACCAGGAUAUUUCUGAUUUUGAGACCAGGAUGUUUCUGAUUUUGAAACUAGAAUAUUUCUGAUUUUGAAACCAGAAUAUUUCUAAGAAUAUUUCUAAAUCCGAAAUUCCACUUUGUCAUUAAGCGCUUUAUAGCCCCGUAGAACAGGAUAGUUCUAAAUUGCAAUCAAUUUUAGCAAUAGCUUUAUUACGCAACAAUUUGUGUAUAUGUCUUAAUGCAUACAUAUAUACUUUGAUACGCAUGUGUUACCGGUUUGAAUUAUUUUGUACAUAUUGAACAUGUAAAUAAUUUGAAAUGACUGUGUUACUUUUAUUUUAAUAUUUAUUACUUUAUUGUUUGUUCUUAUGAAACUGUUUUGCAUACAUGCCUAAGCUGUAAGAAGAAUUAAAUGAAAUAUUAUGCA